AUGAUCCCAACACCUAAUCUCUCCCACCUCACCUCUGCUGAUUACGAUAGCGUGUACGAACCCGCUGAGGACACUUAUCUUCUCUUGGACGCCUUGGAACAGGAUGCGGAGCAUUUAAGGGAAUUGCAUGCAACUGUAUGUCUGGAGGUUGGAUCGGGCUCCGGCUGCGUCUCAAGCUUUCUGGGUAGCAUCUUGGGGUCCACAGCACUUUAUCUAUGUACCGAUAUAAAUCCCCAUGCCUGCAUAUGCUCCUUCAGGACAGGACUGCAAAACAAAACUUUUUUGGACGUAGUGAAUACUACGUUUGCGGGACCGUUUCAUCACCGCUUGAAGAAUGCUAUUGACGUUAUACUGUUCAAUCCACCCUACGUGCCAACCGACCGAGAAGAGGCGCUGAAUGCUCAAAGUAAGAGAUACGUAGAAGGAUCCUGGGCUGGAGGGAAAGAUGGCAUGGAUAUUACCGACCGUUUUCUCGAUGUCGUAAAAGAACUGCUAUCGCCGCGAGGACUCUUCUAUUUGGUUGCGCUCAAACAGAACGAUAUUCCGAACAUCCAACGAAGAAUGCAGGAUAAAUUUGGACUCAGCAGCCAAACGGUGCUCCACCGCCGCGCCGGUUCCGAACACCUUUUCAUCCUACGAUUUCAGCGUACAUCUUGA